AUGGGGUUAUCAAUGGGUAGCAUUGUUACUUGGAAUGUUAGGGGGCUGAACCGCUCGCUAAAACAAAAGGAGGUUCGUCAGGUUAUUGUUGAAACUAAGGUUCAGGUGUGUGCUUUAUUAGAGACUCAUUUGGAUGCUUCGAUUGUAUCGAAUGUUGGUAAAAAUGUUUGUCAGGCUUGGAACUGGGUGUCGAAUGCGAGUUGUUGUAAUAGAGGGACUCGUUUUAUGAUUGGAUGGGAUGCAAAUAUGGUGGAUGUCAUGGUUCUUCAUCAAACUGAUCAGGUUGUUCAUUCGCAGAUUACGUUUAAGCUUGAUAGGAAAUCGUUUUUUUGUUCCUUUGUGUAUGCUGAAAACCAUUACAAUACUAGAAGGGAGUUGUGGAAUGAUCUGUGUAAACAUAACCUAUUCGUUGGUGACAAACCUUGGGUUAUGUUGGGCGAUUUUAACUCGAUUCUGUUUCUUGAUGAUUCUUUGUCUGGAACCUCAACGUCAAAUAUUGGAACUAGGGAAUUCAAGGAAUGUGUCAAUAAUAUAGAGAUGGUUGAUGUCAAAAGUUCAGGUUUACACUACACCUGGACCAAUAAGCAGAAAAAAGGUAAGGCGAUUUUUAGAAAGAUAGACCGAGUGAUGGGGAACUCGAGUUUUAUUGAUGUUUUUCCUGAUGCUGCUGCUUGUUUCCUUCCAUACCGUAUUUCAGACCAUACCCCUUAUACUCUUGUGUUACCAAAUAUUAAAAGAGAUAAAGCUAAGCCUUUUAAAUUUGUUAAUUUACUGGCUGAGAAGAAAGAAUUUUUGGGUGAGGUGAAGAGAAUUUGGGAGACGGAAGUUAAUGGUCACGCGAUGUUUCAAGUAGUGAAAAAACUUAAGUGUUUGAAAUCUCCGAUGCGGAAACUUAUGUAUAAACAAGGGAACUUGCAUGAGAAAGUUAAGGUAGCUCAGAAGAUGUUAGAUGAGUGUCAGCAACUGUUGGAUUCGAAUCCAGAUAACAAGGAGCUGAUGAAUAACCAAGACCGAUUGCUUCAAGGGUAUAAAGAUGCGGUUCGGGAUGAAGCUCUUUUUCGAAGGUCGAUUGGCUUGAGCUGGGAGACUCAAAUACAAAAUACUUUCACAACGUGGUCAAAGCAAAGAAUCAUCGAAGUAAGAUAUUUUCGAUUAAGGAUGUAG